AUGGAUUCUCCAGAAAGCUCAGUUUCUAUCGAAAUUGAUGAAAUUGAUGAAUACGUCGAUAACGACGAAAGUGAUUCAUCACAAAGUUCAAUUGGCCCAAAUCUGACAAUGGAAAUUGAUGAUACCUUGCUUGAUUCUUUUUGUUAUAUAAAAGGAAGACGAUAUCAAAGAAGCGAUUAUUUUACUUAUUUUUUCCCCAAUGAUGAUGAAGAAGCUGAUAGAUUGAAUUAUUUACAUUUAUUAACGAGAAUUGCUUGGAGAGGAAAUUUUUCUUCGCCAAUGCAUGACAAAUUAAUGAAUGGAAAUGCCAAAGUCCUAGACUUGGGAUGUGGUACAGGAAGGUGGUUACUUGAUAUGGCCGAAGAUUAUCCAGAUUCAACUUUUGUAGGAGUAGAUAUUUCGCCAUUUUUUCCUGAUUCAAAUGAAACACCAUCAAAUGUAGGAUUUUUACAAUGUAGCGUGAAUGAUGGUUUACCUUUUCCCGAUUCAACUUUUGACUUUGUUUGUCUAAGAAAUAUGAUAACCUCUGUUUCAAUAUACGAAUGGGAGAGAUUUGUUAAAGAAAUGAUUAGAGUGGUAAAGCCUGGUGGAUAUAUAGAAAUGUUUGAAAUGGAACUAAUUUAUGAAAAUUCUAGUCCUGAAUUUAAAUGUAUCGAAGAUUUAAUUGAACUCGGAUUUGAAUCCACAGGAAUUGUUCCACAUCUUCAAAGAUCUAUUCCGCCAAUUCUUGAAUCAAUACCCAAUUUAAAAGAUAUUCGGAGCGAAAAAAUAUCUAUACCUGUUGGUAAUUGGGGUGGAAAGAUCGGCGAAAUGAUGGCAAAAUUUUAUAUAAUGACUUUUAAUACAUUUAAAUUACUCUUUACAACAGUUUUGGGAAUUACUGAUGAAGAAUAUAAUAUAAUCUGUGAUCGUAGUUCAAAAGAAUUGAAAUUGAAUUACGGAAGCUAUGCUAUGUCUUGCAGAUG